AUGUCCACAUAUUCUUUCCUCCGCCUCGUCGCAACUAAGACCAAGUGUCCGCGCAAGGCAUUCAACCUCCACAUCCCCUGUUAUGUGAAGCCAAACGCCUCUGCUCGCCGCACCGGUAUCGUAGCAGUGGGCACCGAUAGAAUUGAGGUUUCAGUGGCUGCUGUUCCCCGAGAUGGGGCAGCUAACAUUGCAGUGUCGCAUGUGUUCGCAGAGAUCUUCAAAGUUCCAAAAUCAAGCGUGGAAGUCAUUCGUGGCGCAAAAUCACGAGAGAAAACAUUGUGUGUCGCCGAUCUGGAGAUCGGAGACGCCGGCGAAGAAGCAUACUUGCAACGCGCGACACAAAUAUUACAGGCCGCCAUUAAGACACGAAAUUCCUAG